AUGGCAAUGGUCGUUGGCAGGUCUUUUGGGGUCGACUUGCUGCGGCUGCUCUUCCACGUCUCUGCCUCCAAGCCCCUAAACUCAGCGAUGGUCUUGGCGAUUGGGUCCUUCAGCGUCGAACAAGCAGUCACAACUGGCCAGCAGCAUAGUCAGAAUACAGGUGAAAUAUCGACGAGCAAAAGGGAGGGGGGAAGCGUCACAGUUGACAGCAACUUGCGCGGAGUAAUCACACAUCUACAGAAGGUCCGACACAGCAAGAACACGGAUAUCUUGAAACAAGAUCUAUCAAUGGGGUUCUGUCUGCAAGUCACCGCGGUCGGCGUCGGCGGCUCAGCGCUCAACUUCGACCAUUUCAAGACGUUCAGUUCACGCAUCAACAUCAGCAUAGUGAAGAUGUCACCGAGGCGAUACACACACAAGAACGCGCGCGAGGCCAAUUCCAGAGUCGGAGGCCGUAAGCGCUCGUGCCAGCUGGUGGCGCGGCACACGGCGUUCGAACGAGACGUGUAUUGGGAGUUUGAGGCGAUCCUGGUGGAACAUUCGGAUGUUACGAGCUGUGGUCUGCUGCGGUGGUGGUAG